AUGGCAGCAAACCGUGCUCGUUCUGAUUUGACUGCUCGUGAGCAGUCAGUAAAUAGUUUCGUCAAUCCCCUACCGCAAAAAGGCACCUUUACUCAAGACUAUAGUAAUAAUCUUGUUUUGAAAGAUGGUUCAACUAUUAACUUAACAUGGACAUCUAACUAUAUAGUUACUUUCUUGACAAUCAGUCAAGUUCUAAAUUGUGCUGGAGGAGAAUUGGGCUGUAAUUCCAAUUUUACUCUUCUUCGUGAGAGUUCCCUUCAAUUGACAAUUCAAAGUACUAACCUUACUUAUACAAUAGAAAGCAUACCAAAAUCCCCGAACAUAGCAUUAUGGACUGUGGACUCUUCCCCUUACAAUUUAAGCGAAUCCAACAUUUUCUACUUCACUAUACAUAAUGGAAGUACAAGGAAUUUUAUAGCGUCAUUUACCUCACGCUAUUUUAACAUCAGUACAUCAAACGAUAUUCCCCGGAUGACUGAUGCAGCUCGAUCGCUCUCAACUAAAAGACACGAAAUAGCAGACCCAGUUCCCACCAUUGACCUUCCUGUCGGGGCUGAAAUAGGCAUUGGCCUUGGCAUUGGAGUGGUUUCUUGUGUAGUGGUACUUGCUGUUGCACUGCUUUUCCGAUGUAUCAGAAGAAGUCGGUAUCGAAGGCACGCUUCGAAGAAUUCGCCAACAAAUAUUGUUGAUGCAGGAGAUAAUCUGCGGGUAAGCCGCGGAUCAUGGGUGCAAGCUCUUGGGAUGCGGCAAAAUACAUCUGAUGAAGAAAGUAUAUCACAAUAUCGAUGGACUAGCCCGGAUGAUGUAACGCCUAGAUAUGAGCCUCCGGAUUCUAGAAGAGAAAUGGGUAUUCUUGAUGAAGUUCGUUUAGAGAAUCCAGAGGAAUCUAUUCAUAACCAGAAUAACCAGAAUAGUAAUCCCAGUUCGAAUAUCCAUUUAGCUCCAGUGGGCGGAGCAGCCAGUCACUUUAUUGACGAUUGCUGCGGCUCCUGGACGAGUUCACCGUCCUAUAUAUUUCAGGUUCCCGGUGACGCAUCAUGCAAUUUCCAACACCACCAAAAUUUUCCUGUCCCUGCAGCAAACCUAGAAUCAAUACCUAGUCAAUAUAUCCAUCAACUAGAAAGAUACAUGCUCAGAAAAAACUCAAUUGAAAUCCAACACCCUCUGCCAACCUACGCUCCAUGGCUUCAUCAUGAAUUAAUAAACAGAUCAAACUCAAUAGGGAGUAUCCAACAAACACCUACUCAAUUCCAAUCACGAUAUGAAGCAAAAGAGAAACAGGAAUUUAAACCUAAUGCGAAUAAACUGAGAGUUUUAAAGGAAGGAUAUACAACUAGCCAUAGUACAAAUCAUGAACUUUCUGUUAGUACACAUACGCAAGUUCCGAGAAUCAAGCAGAUUCUGGAAAUUACCCCAAAGAGAAAAUCGAAAGAAAAUGCACCUCAACAGACCUCGCAACUCAUGUCUCCAUCUGUUCUCGAAACACUAAAACGAGAAAAACCUACUUCCCUCCGAGCAGAGCUAGAACCCGGAGCAACUCACGAAGCAACAUAUGAAAAGCAAUAUCAAAAUCCAGAACAGGAAAAAUAUCAACUACCCCAUCCACUGAAAUCCCACCCUCAAGCUCAACUCCUACCUCCACCCCAAACUAAAUCCUCAAUCCAAAACCCAACAUUGAUACUCCCUCUAGUAGGCCAAUGUCACUCAGAACCAAGCAUGUAG